AUGUCGAACACCGCAGCAGCUGCCACUGCUCAGCGGAUUUCAUCCCGACUGCCUGACGAUCCGGAACAAGAUCACAGCGGGGAGGAAUCCUGGUCCGCCGUCGACAUCGAUACCGAGCAGGUUGCGCAGAACGGUGCCGGCGUCUCGAGGGCCUUGAAACGCAAACGCCCUCUUACAGUGUCGUGUGAGCUAUAUCGCGUUCAACCGAGCUGUGGAUGGUGCGCUCGCAAUGGUCAGCUGUGCGAGUACAAAGAGCGAAAAAAGCCCGGCCUCCGCGCAGGCUAUGGAAAGGAACUGGAGCAAAGGCUAGAUCGCCUGGAACAAGUCAUCCAAACACAGGCCCGCCUGAUUGAAACACAUAUCAUCCAGGGCCAGUCUCGCAUGCCCCAUGAAAUAGCCCAGCAAGGGCCCUUCUCAUAUAGCUCUCCAUCCGAGACAGCACAGGGCCCCAGCCCCCAAAAUGCCUUCUAUUUCCAUGAACCAUCGUCUAUGGUCCCUCCACCACGCCAGUCGGAGGCAUCCAUAACCAGUCCGUCGGACAUGUCCGUCAAGAAUGCAAUCCGUAACCAACUUUCGAAUAGCAUCUCUGCUCCGGCUCCUUUGAUGCAAACCCCAGGCAAUCCGCCACACAACGAUUAUACAGGAAAUGAAUCGUCACUGAAAGUCCCAGUCAAUCUGUUUGCCAACCAGGAACAGUCGCUUGCAGACCCAGAGCUUGAUCUACCGCCGUAUGAUCUAUUAUAUGCGCUGGUAGACCUCUAUUUCGAGCAUAUCAACACAUGGUGUCCUGUUCUUCAUCGUCGGACGACUCUCGAUACUUUUUUCGGUCCAUCCCCGCUGGAGGAGGCAGACAGGGCGGUGCUGUACGCCAUAGUUGCUACCACCCUUCGCUUUUCAAACGAUAGCAGGCUCAAUGAGCAAAGCCGCAAACGGUACCACGAUUCUUCAAAGCAAAAGGUCCUGCUCUACGGACUUGAAAACUCAUCGGUCAAGGCCCUCCAGGCUCUGGUCAUACUCGCCCUGGACCUCGUGGGCUCUUCCAACGGCCCUCCAGGGUGGAAACUGCUUGCACUCAUCACACGGUCAGUGGUCCAGCUGGGACUCGCUGUAGAGUCUAAGUCUUCCCUCAUUGCCCCGAGCUACCCCUCCAUCUACACUCUCCGUGCCGUUACUCUCCCGGAACCCGACUCCUGGAUCGAGGACGAGGGCAGACGGAGGCUCUUCUGGAUGGUAUAUCUUCUAGAUCGAUACUCCACCAUUGCAACUGCUUUCGAUUUCGCUCUAGACGACAAAGACAUCGACCGGAAGCUUCCCUGCAGGGAUGAAUAUUUCCUCAAAAACGAGCCGGUCGAAACCAGGUGGUUCCAACGCUCCAGUGAACGCGCUGACUACGUGAGCCGGGCCGAAAACGUCGGAACCUUUGGGCUCUACAUCGAGAUCCUGGGCAUAUUUUCGCGGAUCCAUUCGUUCCUAAAGCGACCCGUCGACAUAGGAGCGCUUUCGGACGUCGAGGAAUGGCAGGCAACCUACCGCAGGCUCGACAAUGAACUGACAUCCUGGGAAUUCGGCCUUCCAGCCGAAUAUGCCUACGAGAAUUCCUCUCGAUUGUUUAAUGGAUCAAAACACACCAAAGGGAUCCAUUGCGACUGGGUCCAGCUCCACGCCACCUACCAAACUGCAGUCAUCCGCCUCCACUCAUCAGCAGCCUACCCCACCACGCGCUCCCCAAUCUUCACCCCCUCCUACAGCGCCAGCCAACGCUGCCUCCUCGCCGUUGACAACAUCCUCUCCGUGACCCGCUUCGUCACAGACAACAACAUCCUCGACAAACUCGGCCCCCCCUUCGCCUUCACCCUCUGGGUCUCCGCCCGUCUACUCCUCGUCCACGGCUCCACAAUCGCCCACACCGUCAGCCCCGAUAUCAUCUUCUUCGUCGACACCCUCGCCCAGAUGGGCAAGCACUGGAAAGUCGCCGACCGCUACAGCUCCAUCCUGCAGCGCGUCCUCGACGAAUACGGCGAAUACCAACAAUCCGGCGCCGAGGACCCCGAACGCACCACCCCCUCCACUGUCAAAAUCCUUGCUGAUAUGCGUCGAUGCGCGUUCGACCUCGACUUUCUCAUCUCCAGACAACCCCGUUCUUCCCCUUCUGUAUCUGGUAGCCAACCCCCCGCGCCAGCUACAUCAUCAUCAUCAUCAUCAUCAUCAACAAUGACAGCUGCUGCGGCAGCCGCAAUGGUCAGGAACCCCGCUCCCAACGAACUCGAAUACCUCGAUGUUUUCGGCUUCUUUAACGUCCCGCGUGUCCCUGCAACACGUGCAUCCGAUAUCCUUAACCUGGAUAUUGCUGACACGGUUAAUAACUCCAUGUUGACCGGCUCUGCCGCCAUCACUACCACUGCCACUUCCACUACUACCACCACCGCCGCCGCCUCCGUGGUCGAUGGCUCGCAGUCAAAUACCAACGAAUUCAACAUCACGAAUUACUUGAUUCCUACCCCCGAGACAGAUUGGCUAUUUCGUCCUGCGGGGUGA